UCUUCCACAGUCGUAAGCACCAACAACCUCGCUGCCGACCUCAAGCCCCAAGGCGAAGCCGCCGCAAAGGUCAAGCCAUGCUGUGUCUGCAAGGAUGAGAAGGCUGCCCGCGACGAAUGCAUGCUCUUCUCCAACGCCGCCGACCCGCAAGCCGACUGCCAGAACAUGAUUCAGAAGUACAGAGCUUGCAUGCAGGGCUACGGCUUCAACUUGCCAUAA